AAUUUAGGGAAAUGACAAAUAACUCCUUGAAUUGUAAUUAUGAUGGCUUCAGUGGAGCACUGGUUAUUUGGACUACUUAUGCAUUCAGUUGGUCCGCUGUUGUCUGCCAGGCUUACCCACUUAUCCACUAUGCGUAUCUACAGUAUUUGAUCUAUUUUGUUCAUUUUAUGUCUAUUUAAUUUAUCUCAUGUCUCUUUUAUCUAUUUUUAUUUAGGUUUUUAGUUUUCUAUCUAAUUGAUUUAAUCUAAUCUGAUAAUUUGAUCUGUUUUUAUCUAUCUAAUCGUUUAUUUAUCUCAUUUAUGUAUCUAUCCUUCUUAAAGAACAAGCGCUUCUGGCCAAAAAAGGACCUGGCAGCAAGUACAAGAACAUUUUGCAGGCUGCAUUGAAAAAAAAAAAAAAAGCUCAUAUAUCUGGCACGGGGGGUGGCCCUCCAACCCAAGACUUGACCACAGCGGAGGAGCUGGCCCUGGAGAUGAAUAAAGGGAAGCCAGUGAUGGAAGGGACACAGUGAGGGACAGCCACUGACUCUGGCCCAGCAAGAGAGACUGGCCUCUUCAUACAAGCAAUAAAACAAUAUAUGUGCCACCAGAAGUCUCCGCCUCUUCUGUGUGUGCAACAUCAUGGCGAGCCAGCCAGGAGGGGACUGCUGAUUGGAUGUGAGAGAGACAGUUCCUCCCUGAGACGAACCUAGAAAUAACAGAAGAUUCAUCAAUACAGAGAAUUAUAUAAAGUACAUUAAAGAGACUGAAUGCAAACCAAGAAAAAAAUGGAACAACUUCAAGACUGCGUUAGUUCCAAGUUUCUGAUGCUAGAGAAGCCUGAACUGAUAAAAGUCUGCCUCUAUCUAAAGUGCAACGAGCCAUCGGGUGAAGGUUUCGCAGGUCAAACGAGGCGGGCGCUGAUAAGGCUGGCAGAGGGAACGUUGGAUGAAAUUGAGGAAAGUUUAGAAGAGGAACAAUAUGCAGAGAGCCUUAAUGAACUUCUGUGUUUCAUCGAGUCCCUUAAGAAAUCAGCCGAGCUCAAAGUGUCACCAGUAACCCAGUCUGAGAUAGAGAAGCUAAGAGAAGAGUAUGCAGAACUACAGCAGACACAUGCAAAUGCUCGUCGUGCAUUAGAGGAACAGAUUGGGCUACUUGAAGAAAAACAUCAGAGAGGAAAAGAUAAAAUGAGUGUGAAAGAACAAGUCACAAGACACGAAACGAUUCCUGAAGUUACUCUGAGGAGGGAAUUCCGAGUCUUCGGACAGAUUGGAGAGGCUGGCCAAAAGGAAAAAUUGUCAUACACUAGCCUCAACAACCAGAUCGAAUCAGGAGUGAGAAAGGGGUACGCAGAGGCGGAAAUCAUUGAAGCAGUUAUCAGAGCAGUGAGUCCUGGCCUUCCCCUCAGGGAACUCCUUGAAAUUAAGCGAGAUCUCACACUUUCCACAUUAAAGACCAUCCUCAGAGGACAUUAUAAAAUAGACUCUUCAUCUGAUCUACUGCACAGGCUCAUGAACAUCUCUCAGGAACCCAAAGAGUCUGCUCAAAGUUUUCUGUUCCGAGCCAUUGAACUGAGGGAGAAACUACUGUGGACAUCUGGAGAUGAGCAGGAUGGAGAACAGUUUAGCCCUGAGCUCAUCCAAUGAAAGUUUCUUCGCUCUGUGGAGACAGGCCUUUUACAUGAUGCAGUUAAGUUCCAAGUCAAACCAUACCUCAGUGAUCCUAAAGUAGCAGAUGAAGUGUUGAUUGAGAAAAUAGGUGAAGCUGCUAAUCUGGAAUUGGAGAGACAAACUAAGUUAAAGAAAGCAGUGACUCCAAAGCCUCUUAGACUAAGUGAAGUUCAAACAGUAGAACAUGUCUGCAACACUGAGCGACAUUCGAGUAGCGAGAUGGAGACUCAAGGACAGAGGAAAGAGACAUUAAUGAAAGACAUUAUCACUGGCAAAGACAAGAAGAAACAGAUACAAAACAAAGAGACUGACAAUGACACUGCUAAAGCAAUUGAAGACCUCAGAGCAAACGUCAUGGAAAUGACCAAAAUGUUCAGAGAGACAAUGGAAGCGACCAGAUCACAGUUUCACCCACCCAUGACUCCACUUCGAACUGAGAGGAGACCCAAAGGCUGCCGUUCAUGCCAGGAGGCCCAAAGAGGUGAAGAGUGCAGGCACUGUUAUCGCUGUGGACAAGAUGGACAUCUGUCACGGGGUUGUCGACAACGGAGGCCGGCAUCGGGAAACGGGAGGGGACUGCUGAGCUGGACCCCCCAGUAGUCCAUUCUGCCAUCGGGUCCCAGACGAGUUCAGAAGCGUGACAGACAUCCAGACCUGGUCAAAGCAAGCAAGACAGUAAAGAAAAUAACAUUCAACCUGUUACUCACCCAGAUGUGACCACUUCUGUUGAUAAGUUUCUGUCCCUUGCCACGCCUAAACUUUUGAACAUUAUUGGAAAAAGGUGCCUGGUCCACUGCCAGCUCAAUGAUGUCGCAGUUGAAGCCUUAUGGGACACAGUAGCCCAAGCCAGUAUUAUCAACGCAGACUGGAGAGAACGACAUUUACCACAUACCACUGUCAGACCGAUUGAGGAGCUCCUGGGUCCAGGGACACUGACCGGAUUGGCCGCCAAUCGCACAGAGAUCCCUUUUGAUGGCUGGGUGGAAGUGAGCUUCCAAUUAAGUGAUGAUCCAGGUACAGAAGGGACCCUGCAGGUACCUAUGCUCGUGGCAAGUGAUAUUAGCGUGGCUGAAAACCCUAUCAUCGGUUGCAAUAUCAUUGAGGAGAUAAUUAGCAGGUGGGAGAAACAGAGACCACGGUCCAAUACUGUCUGUAGGGUAAGCAAAGCUUUCUCUAUUUCAAUAAAUAAGGCUAGAUCCAUGCUUAAGCUGUUGAAGACUGUAAAUUCAAAUGUGACAGUUGGAAUGGUGCGAGUUGGUAAACAAAGGAUCCAGCUCAACGCAGGGCAAAUAACCACUGUCUAUGCACAAGCACACAUUGGGGGGCAAUUUCAAGAACAAAGUCUGUUAUUCGCUCCAAGUGAACCAUCACCACUACCAGAGGGCUUAGUAAUGCAGGAAGGCAUAGUCAAAGUUGGUAAUGGGAAGACACCAAAAGUGCCGAUUGCCAUCGCUAAUACAGCCAGUCACCCAGUCAUACUUACGCCACGACUCAUCCUUGGCCACCUGGAAGUGGUAAAGACAACUUACCCAAUAACAACAGACUCUUUCCAGAGAAAUGAUACUCAGAUGGAGCAGGUGAUAGAACAGCCAACAUCCACGGUGCAGAAAUGUGGGGUGAGUGUUACACCACAUCAAUCAAAGAGACCCAGUCAGUGGGAUCCACCAAUAAAACUUGAACACUUAACAGAGUCACA